AGCAACAUGCAGGUCCAGGGCCUCAGGACUGGUCUUGUCGCCUUUUGCCCGGCGAUGGCUCCCUUCUGGGAGUGUGUGUCUGGCAGAUCGAUGAUGCAGUGGAGUCGAACCCUUCCCCAAAACGGAGAUCCAAUCGCACUGCUAUCGGAAUGAACGGCUCAAACCUUCUAUGCGCGUCAUUGUUACAAGAUGUUACAUAUGCCCACAUACAAAAGCCCGCGGUCGCACAAGAGGUCAUGUCUGUCUGAUGAUAACCAGGAAGAACCGCGACAACCCUCCGCACAAUGUCGCUCUCCUAUCGGGAAGCGCUGGACGCGAUCCGCUGCGAGUCCGAACGCGAUGCGGUACGCUUCCGGUCGUAUGCCGAGACAGUUACCAUAUACAAAGCCGUGAAUCGAAUCUCCCAUAUGACCUAUCGAUGUCAUGAAUCGACACCCAGAUUCGACACGUCCGCCAUGGAUGGUUAUGCGCUCAGUUCGGCGGCAACACGGUCGGCAGCCUCAGAUAGCCCAGCCAUAUUUCGCGUCUGCGGCACGAUAGCGGCAGGAGAAGAGCCAUUGUAUCUCGAAGAGGACGCUGUUUCAGACAUCCAGCCUUGCGUUGAAAUCAUGACGGGUGCACCCUUCCCGCAAUCUACUCGCAAUCAGGCUUUCGAUUGCUGUGUACGCCUGGAGGACGUCCUGCUAGUCACUGUUUCAGGAUAUCCCUGUAUCAAGGUCGAGAAACAGGCGACAUUCCAACAGAACAGACGGUUAGCAGGCGAGGACUUCUCGAAGGGUGAUAUCCUGGUCUCUGCGGGGGAGGUGAUCCAGCCAUCGCACAUCAUGGCGCUCGCAUCGGCUGGCGUCCACGAGGUUCGAGUAAUACGAAGGCCUGCCGUUGGCGUGAUUUCGACCGGAACAGAACUAGGCAAGCGCUGCAUAUCCAGCCUGCAUCGCAUUCCAGACGCCAAUGGGCCCUACAUCACCGCUAGCCUGCAGGAGCAGGGGUUUGAAGUUGACUUCCUUGGCAUACUGGAAGACAACAAGGAAGCAACUACACGUGGGAUUCACAAGGUUUUGAACAUGAAUCGAUAUGACAUCCUGAUUAGUUCCGGGGCAGUAUCCACAGGCAAAUUCGACUUUAUACCGUCUGCUUUACAGUCACUUCAAGUUCGUCAAGUCUUCCAUAAGAUCUUGAUUCGACCAGGACACCCGGCCCUUUUUGCAAAAGUCCCCAGUGCAAGAAGUGCACUUGAUGAUUCAGGUGCCAGUGAUUACAUGGAUGAGGUACCAUUCUUCGGGCUCCCAGGCAACCCGGUAGCCAGCGCAGCUUGUCUGCAGUUCCUGGUAGUGCCGUACUUGAGGUUUCUUCAGGGCCAACCGCUGGAACCCGUGCUGGAAGCACGGGCAAUAAAGGCCGAGGAUGCCAAAUCGUCAGUUGCGUACAAUAUGGAGCGGGCGGCGUCGCAGGCGCUGUUCAAGGUGCCGAAACAUCUUGACGUAUUCCGACCUGGGGUAAUAAAUCGUCACAGCGGAGAUCGAUUAGAAGUGACCCCGAUGGAGCACAGUUCGUCGAAGAUCAAACCAUUCCUUGGCGCCAAUUGCUGGAUUCACAUUCCAGCCGGCGUCGACGAGAUCAAUCCGGGAGACACGGUCAAUAUUGUGGCCAGUCACUGACCAGCGAUACUUUGACCGUCUGCGUUGUGGCCAUCUUUGAGAGCUAAUGCUCUUUGCCAUUCUGUGCGAUUAUUGGUAUUAAACAGCCACCGUUCAUCCAACGGCCUUAUUCCACAUCCUUGCACAGCUUUUAUA